GGGAGGCAUGGCGUCCUGCAAGCUGGUUUUGGGAAGCGCUGAGAAGGGAUUUAAAGGGACAAUGCACCCAGUGGCCGCAAAAUAACAGCUACAAAAGCAUGCAGCUCUGCGUUUAAGCUGUCAGGAGCGACUCCGAAGCUGACAAGCCACCUGCUCACCAAUCUCAGCCCAGACUAUGUAGACGAGCGUCUGGGUCCAGGACAGUGAAGAUCACGGAGCUAUGGAGAAGGGAGUCCCUGAGCCAGGCCUCGCAGCACAGAGGGGCGGUCCUCCCACCACAAGGGGGGCCAGCCCCCACCCCCCAGGAUUGGACGGGCCAGGGAGGCAGGCUGAACCCUUCAGCAGCACCCCAGCCAGAAGAGACGCCAGCUGGCAGGGGCCGCAGGAGACAGAGGACAGACCAGGUAGCGGCACAGCCAGGGAGCCCAGAGCAGAGCUGGGACCUCGGAGGAGAGCUCAGCCCUCUGCCUUCCCCUCAGCACAGGCUUGGGACUCCGACUCGGAGAAGGAGACUUUAGAGGAGGAAGAACUGCAGCACUUUUCGAACCCGCACGGGCUUGCUUCCCACAGUCCAGAACCGCACCAGAAGGUUCUAGAUGUUUGGCAGAAGCCAAUCGGGCCCGACAGCGAGGGCAGCACAGCACCUGAGCACGAGCACUUGCUUACCACUUUAUCAAACAGCCCCGGCACUGAAGGGCUCCGCGGGGGCUCUAAGCAGCACCCCCGAUCAAACAGCACUACACCCUCCCCGUCCGGUGAAGAGGAGGAGGGCUCAAGCAGAACCACACCAGUCACGUCUAAGCACUUAAGCAGCGGCGCACUGCGCUCCGCCACGGGACUCGAGGAACCCGAUGUGCUGUCGGAAACAUCGCACGAUGUGAAGGCGGCCGCUACCGAUGACCCAAAGAGCACAAAAAUAAACGAGGCAGUGUCUUCCCAGGGACGCACGAAAGAAGGAGGAGAGCCAGAAGAGAAGGACCGGGCCAGUCCAGUUAAAGCGGUUGUCCCAGAAACAGCUAAACCAAAGGAUGAGAAAGAGCACUUGGGCAAGGAGAGCUGGUGCAGGGCGUCUCCCUGCAGUGGCUCCUCAGAGGCGAGAUCAGAGCCCUGGUUGGAGACCGGGGAAGGAGAAGACGUUUACUAUUUUCCCCAGUCAGAACGAGGAAGCCCUCCUUCCCUCUCCUUGCCACACAGCACCUUUCCUGAAACACGAAAGCAGGUCCCCAGCUUGCAAGCUGGCACUGCUGGAGGAACUGAAGAAGAAGAGGAGGAAGAGGAGGAGGAUCAGGAGGAAGAAGAAUUAGGAAUGAUUAUCACGAGCAAGCCAUCCCGUCCCUCUCCAGAGAAGCGCUCCCUCAAGGGGGAACGCAGAACCUCAAACUGGGACUCCAGGAGUCGGAUCAGCAAAGGGACGGCCUUUGCUGCCUCCCGUUCCGGCUUUGAGGUUGGAGGGGGGCGCUACGGCUACGGCAUCUCUGCGGAGGAGGUGCGAGGCAGAGAGGAGGAUGAAGACGAAGAUGGUGGUGAAGAAAUCGAAGAGGAAGCACUUUUGGAUGAGGCCGAGCAGUUGGUCUUCACUUGCGUGGAAUGUAGCAUCUAUUUCAAAAAGCAGGUGCACUUGCAGGAGCACAUGUUCCAGCACUGCAGAGCACAGCAAGGGGGGGAAGGGGGAGCGGCAAAGGAGGGGGCUGGUAGUGGAGGGGCAGGGGCAGGGGAGUUCUGUUGCCCCGAGUGCGGGUGGGAGUUUGAGGAUCGCGGCUCGUUGGGGCAGCACCGCCGUCGGCAUCAGGAAUCCCGGGAAAAGAUUAUGGAGGAGAUCCAGAAGCUGAACGAGUUCCCAGGCGAGGGGAGCGAACCCAGGCUGCGCUGUCCCAAGUGUCGUUUCGGGACCAACUCCUCUAAAGUGUUCGUGGAGCACGCCAAGAUGCACAUCAAGGAGAGGAACGAGCGGGCGAGGGGCAAGGGCUACCAGCCAUCACCCCUGGGCUUGUACCGGCCAGUCAACCCCUCCUCUGCCGUCCCUCACCUCCCUUUGAAAGAGCGCUACGCCUGCCAAAUCUGCAGCUUCCCAGCCCCCAGCGAGAGCAUCCUGAGAGAGCACAUGAAGUACACCCACUCCCAUCAUCUCCCCUGGGGAAUGGACCAGCCUGACGAGAGUGGGGAGAGUCUGCCAGGGACCAGCAAGGACUCCUACAGCUUGGCCAAACCUUACCCCUCGCCCACCAAGACCCCUUCCGUCCCUUCAUUCGACGGUGUCCGAUUUGGGCCGUCCUCAGGACUGAAAACCGGGGCAGUAGUUGUGCGAGAUACCCCCUUCCAUACCCAGAACCCGAUCCGUGGUGGCCAGUUUGGCCAGAGGAGUUUGGAGGUCCCCACGGCUCUCAAAGGUGGUCCGUACCACCCCAGGGUCCAGCAAGGCCCAGAUUCCCACCAGGCUCUACCCAAGAGGAAAGACAUUGCCUUCAAAAGCAUCGGGAACCGCAGGAGCCAUGCCAUGCUGGCCCGUCCAGGGAUGGGAAACCCAAGUGGCCUCAGCUGGCCUGACAGUGGCCUGGAGAACCGGGAGACCCAGGAGGUGGGGGGUGACGAGGCCUCCUCCGGCUCGGAGUUUGAGGACCACGUGGACGCCUGGUUUCCAGAGCAGCUGGAGGUGCCUCGGAGAGCUCUGGAGCUCAAGUGGGAGUUCAGAGAGGAGCUGCGAGGUGCCGGGGAGAGCGUGGGCCAGCAGGACCAGCUGAGGAGGAUGGUUCCCAUGGUCGUGCUGGAAACUCUCAACCUCAUGCCCAGAAUCCCCCAGCCAUUCCCCCUCCGCAAGCCUGGGCCAAAGAGCGUGAUGGAGGCCCGGCGGCUGGAGUGGGAGAGGGCGGUGAGGAGUAGGAUGCACUCCUCCUCCUCCUCCUUCUCCCCCCCGCUCCUGGAGCACCUCCUCUCCUGCCACCCCGGUGAUGACUGCUUCCUGGAGGAUUUCCAGGAGGAGGGAGCGGGCUCGGAGCCGGGGGCGCUGAGGAGCGUGGAGAGGAAGUGCCCCUACUGCCCUGACCGCUUCCACAACGGCAUCGGGCUGGCGAACCAUGUGAGGGGCCACCUCAACAGGGUGGGGGUCAGCUACAACGUGCGCCACUUCAUCUCCCCCGAGGAGGUCAACGCCAUCGAGCAGAAGUUCUCCUACCAGAAGAAGAAGAAGAAAGUUGCGAACUUUGACCCGGACACAUACAGCCUGAUGCGCUGCGAGUUCUGCAGCGCUGGCUUUGACACGCGGGCCGGCCUCUCCAGCCACGCACGGGCGCACCUGCGAGACUUCGGGAUCACCAACUGGGAGGUGACGGUGUCUCCCAUCAACAUCCUGCGCAAUCUGUUCAACAGCCGCCCCGACCUGGCCCUGCCCCGGGACGCAGCCCCUCCCCGUUCUCCCCGAGAGCAGGAGCCGGCUGAGGAGGGGUCAGGGGGGAGCCUCCCCCGCUCCCCCUUCACCUCCCCGUGGAGAGAGGAGCCUGGACCACUCUUCAGUGAGG